ACUGGAAAGAUAACGGGAGGAGGUGCCUGACUACUGAAUUCAACUCAGACUUGCUCCCUGAACUGUCGUUACCUGCCUCGGCUCUGACUGCUGUUUUCCAUUUUUGGAGAUUAUUUCUUGACAAAGGGGCGUCGACUUGUAAAUAACACAGCUUUCUUUCUUUGUGUUUAGGACCCAUGAUUUUAUAUUUUCAAAGCAAGGGGGGGAAUGAUCUGAUCACCACCUUGAAAUGGUAUGUGCUUCCAACAAUUACCCAAUAAACAGAACGUUGACGGGAAUCAAGGAAGAGUCUCACAGCAUCCCCAGCGUGAAAGAUGACAUGCUCGUACAUCUAAAGGAACCACAUCUUUUUAAACAUUCUUUAUAGUGUAUUUUUUACGAAAUGAAAGUGAGACUAUUUUAAGUUUUGCAUUUUUUUCUUUCUGUUUUUUUGUAACCGGAGUUGUUAAUUUGAAGAGGAGAAAAUGAAGAUUCGACAGUCUGACUUGAUCUUCAUUAUUUCUAUAUUUCUAUCGGGCAUAGAAGCCAAAAAGUACUGCUGGUAUUUCGAGGGGGGAUAUCCUACAUAUUUUAUAUGCCGUUCCUUUGAGGAAUGUUGUGGUACACGGUGCUGUGUAAGAGCCCUCCCCAUCGAGCGAUUAUGGUACUUCUGGUUGCUGCUCAUGAUGGGGGUGCUGUUCUGCUGUGGGGCUGGCUUCUUCAUUCGGAGGCGGAUAUACCUGUCUCAUCUAACAGAUGAGCCUUCAUUAAAUAUGUCCUUCACCAUACAGCCUAUGAACACCAUGUCGGGUUCCCAGCAGCCAGGCAUGCAGCACUAUGGUAACCUUGGAGGACCUGUGGUGAAUCCCAUUACUCCGACCUUCCAGGUGCAGCCCAGUUCCCCACAUCUCAAUGCGUCCUACCCACCCCCUCCAUCCUACUGCAACCAGCCGCCUCCUCCGUACGAGCAAGUGGUCAAAUCUUCAGCGAAAUAAGGAGCCAAUAACUUAUAUGCUGGCUUUUUUCUGAGGUACAAAGGUGGAUGUUUCUGCCUUCUUUCAUUUUCAAUGGUUAUAUAUUUCAAAGAUGCAGCCUGCUUUCAUUCAGGGAGGAGGAAACAAUCAAGUCAUUGUCUGAGAAGAAGAAAAGACAUCCAUUUGUAUUGAUUAAUGUUAGGCUGCUGAGCAUCCUUGGAGAAGUGAUGGAAUAACAUCACACAAGCGGGCCCAAUUUACUGUUAUACUUCUCAUGUUUUCAAAGUUUGAACCUCUCUACUGCUGUGAAAGCUGCACUCUUUUUUAUUUUAAGGUUCUUUCUUUUAAUUUUAUUAAAACAACAACUGUA